AUACACGUUCCUGCGAUGUGUUCCUGCGAUUUAGUUUCUUUGAGAUGGAAAAAUUUAGGGAAGCAUAAGCCUUUCAAACACGUUUUUUUCUUGGCAACGAUGUAAGUUAAUGUUUCACUUGCUACACCCUACGUAAAUACAGCAAAAGGCAUGUGGUUCAGGGAAGGAGACAGUAGACAGUAGUUGUCCAUAUUGUUGGACAAUCAAACAGGCAAAUUGCUGGAAACCAUUUUAGGUUAUUCCCUGUUUAAGUCCGUAACUUUUGUUGAGAAAAUACUCGCAUCAUAUACACUAAAAGCAGCAAAUAAAUCACAGAGGUCAAUGUUUCAUUGGUCAUUUCCAUGGUCAUUUCCUGCCAGGUGUAGUCAUGGAAACAUUAUCAAUUACCAAUUGGUUACUAAUGUGGUUGCUAACAUGGUUACUUAGAAUUUUUUACAUAAAGAGAGUAGCUGUGAAACGUGAAUAUUUUUGAAACGACUUUUCUUUUGUAUGCUAUUGAAAUGUUUCAAAAUGAUAGAAAGUUUUAUCACAAAGACGAGAAAAUCAACAUUAAAGAGAAACUAAACGAAAUUGCAAGUGAAGCAACGUGUAAAGAUAUCGACGAAUUUCUACAACCAACGUUUCGUGUUAAUGAGAAACGCCGAAAAAUCUGGAGAAUAACUCAAGAUGGUCAUGGUAAAUGGCGUGAAAUUAACGUCGCUAAAGUGAAGGAAAAUAGACAAGAUAAAUCUCUAUCGCAAAAUUUCAAUUUAAACGAAGAAAACAACGAGAGACAAACUAAAAUUCAUAAUAAUGCGUUAUCUUUCUCUAACAAUGCUUUAAACUCAAACAAGAACACACCGAGAAUCAACAAGAGGCGUUCUUCAAAAAUACAAAAUUACCAAACAAUUUCCACAAAUACUCGUGCAAAUAUAUUUCCUGGAGUUGGUAAACAAACAUGGCAGAGUCAAACAAAUAAUAUUCACACAACAUCUGCCCUAACAUUGGGAAAUAAUGAAUUAAGAUUGAAAGAUGAAUUUUACGGAAUAACAAGAGACGCUUUGGGUGCAUGGAACGAAGCAAGUGUACAUCAUGAAAAGAUAAAGAGAGCUUGGGACAUAUAUCUUUCACAAUCUUUAUCACAAAAUAAACGGGAUUUGCAACGGGUAAGAAAGCAAGAAAACAAGGAUAAUCUCUGUAGAUUGUUGAAACCUAAAGAAAUUUCUAUAAAGAGGAGGAAUUUCAACAAGAAAAUAAAAAAAGAGAAAAAGAAUGAUGUGAAAAACGAAGUUAACGACGCAUUUCGAAGAACAGAAGAUUUUGAGGAAACGGUAGUAGAAAAAGACGACGAUUUCUGGAAUUUCUAUGAGCAACCGUUUAGCUAAAAUGAUUGUAACAUUUUUAAUUCUGCUCUGAGAAAGAUAGCUACAUUCGAAAUGAAAAUUCAAAAUUCAGGAGUUUUGAUCCACAAAAUUUGAACAAAAUGUCUGGUAUUUUUCUUUUUACAAACUUACAACAUGAGAUAAUAACAAUUAAACUAGCUAAGUCUUACAUACUUACAAAAUAGUUGCACAACAAAUUGUGAUAUGUGGAAUAACAGGAUAAGCCUCGGAAUUAAACAUCUAAGGUCUGAUUGCAAUGUUGAAACUUUCGUCACUUUGUUAAACCUCUGGUUACUUGCCCUAAGUCUUUUGACAUUGUUCUAAAACAAAUGAUCUGUUAUGACCUUAUCUCAAAUUAAAUAUCAUGGUGCAAUUAUCAUCAUAUAAUGUUUUUCAUAUUUAUACUGUUUACAAUAUUCUCAGGCAAGUUUUGUAAUUUUUACAUAAACUAACAUAAAUAACAGCAGAAUUAAAGCAGUUGUAUAAUUA